AUGGUUUCCAUUACUGUUCCUGAGAACUAUGGCGCUGUCAUCGCCGUCGCCCUCGGCGGAAUCCCUCUACUAUCCUGGGUCCAGGGUAAUAUCGUAACCUCACUUCGCAAACCAGCCAAAAUCCGAUAUCCGCAAUACUACGCGACACCUGCAGAAUGCAAGGAGAACCCAGCAGCAUACAAAUUUAACUGCGCCCAACGCGCCCACGGCAAUCUUCUCGAAAACAUGCCUCAGACAAUACUGUACAUGCUGAUUGCAGGUCUGAAAUGGCCCAAUGCCACUGCCGCUCUGGGUACGGCGUGGAUUGUGUUUCGUGCCCUGUAUGCGCAUGGAUACGUGACGGCCGCGAAACCGAAUGGUGUUGGACGGUUUCAUGGAGCGCCGUUUUGGUUGGUGCAGGGUGCGCUUUGGGGGAUGGCUGUUUUUGGGGUUGGGUGGGAGUUGAUUAAGUUUUGA